CACAAAUAACAAUAUGAAAAUGAAGUUUUGGUUACGACAAACGUUUCCUACUAUUAUAAUAAUCUAUCUCAUCACAAUCCAACGAGUCACCUCAUCACCACCGUCAUUGUUAUCUCUCCCGGAGCAUUUCCUCCGAUGUCUCGACAAUCAGCCGUCCGACCACCGCAGUCCCAACUCAAGAACCGCCGUGAUUCCCACAAACUCAUCUUUCUCAACAAACCUAAUGAACGGCGUCAGAAACCUCCGUUUCGCUUCUGCUUCCACUAGGAAACCAGAAGCCAUCGUCGCCGCCGUAACAGAAACACACAUACGAGCCACGAUCUCCUGCUGCAAACUCCUAAACCUGGAGCUAAGAAUCCGUAGCGGCGGCCACGACUACGAAGGCUUCUCAUACACUUCUCCGGUACCAUUCGUAAUCUUAGACAUGUACAACUUCAACAAAAUAGAUAUCAACAUGAAAGACGAAACCGUUUGGAUCCAAGCCGGAGCCUCUCUCGGGGAGCUUUACUACAACAUUGCACGUAAAAGCAAAGUCCACGCUUUCCCCGCCGGAGUUUGUCCCAAAGUCGGCGCCGGAGGACAUUUCAGCGGCGGAGGAUUCGGUAAUCUCAUGAGAAAAUACGGUUUAUCCAUUGAUCAUAUCAUCGACGCUCAGAUCAUGGACGCCAACGGUAAAGUCUACCGUAACCGACGUGCAAUGGGAGAAGACGUGUUUUGGGCCAUUCGCGGCGGAGGCGGCGGAAGCUACGGCGUUAUCUUGGCAUGGAAGUUAAAGCUCGUUAGGGUUCCGGAGAAGGUCACUGUUUUUAAACUGGAAAGAACGGUGAAAGAAGGUGCCAUUGAUUUGGUUCACAAAUGGCAACAAGUAGCUCCGGUUAUCGACAGAGAUUUAUUUAUCCGGUUAGAGAUUAAACCGAUAAACCGGAAAGUCUCAAAAGGUAAGACUAUAAAAGUCUCAUUCAUCGGAAUGUUUCUUGGUUUACCGGAGAGGCUUUUAAACAUAACUAAACAUAGUUUUCCGGAGCUACAUUUAACGAAAUCGGACUGUCUUGUUAAAAAAUGGAUCGAAUCGAGCGUUUUCUGGGCUAAUUACCCAGAAAAGGCACCGAUCGAGCUGUUACUCAAGAGAGUAUCAACAAACGAAUACUACUGGAAACGUACUUCAGAUUUUGUUCAAACUCCAAUCUCAAAAAAUGGUCUUGCAAAGAUUUUUCAGACGAUGAUCGAUCAUUCUCCGUUUCCACGACGAGUUUGGAUGCAAUGGAAUCCAUGGGGAGGUAAAAUGGGUGAGAUAGCGUCUGAUGCGACAGCGUUUGUGCAUAGAGGUGGUAACGUUUUCAUGAUUGAGCAUUUCAUGAAUUGGUAUAAACCUGGUGAUGAGCUUGAAGAGAAGUUCUUGGCGAUUGCGAGAAGUUUCAAAGAAGCUAUGGCUCCGUUUGUUUCGCAGAACCCGAGAGAAGCUUUCUUUAAUUACAGGGACGUUGAUAUUGGAGUCACAACGCCGGGAUAUAAUGCGACGUACCAAGGAGCUAAGGUUUAUGGGGAUAGCUAUUUCAAAGGGAAUUAUUUGAGAUUGGUUAAGAUUAAAGCCCGGUUCGACCGGACUAAUUUUUUCCGGUCUCAGCAAGGUAUCCCGGUUCUUGCUUAGUUUGGUGAGUGGUGAUGAGUGUUUGAAUUGAUGGCAUUAUUGUGGGGAGGGAGUAUAUUAAAUUGUUAAAGUUUAAAUUUGGGAUCCAAUGAAUCUAUAUCGGGUGUGUUAUUUUGUUGUUUCUGGCAUGGGCAG